CGAAGCCAGGAUGUCACGGUUAGAUCAACCCAGUGAUAAUAAUGAAUUCAAUUUCAGUCAAUCAUCGCCUUUGCUGAAGUUGAAGAUAAAAUGUGGGGAAUCACUGAAGCAGAUUUCAUUGGUGAACGUUCCUGAAGUUUUGCUUUAAGAGAGGGUUUAAGCCACUCUUGCCUAAUUAGUGUAAAUGCCCACACACACACAAAAAACAAUCAAAUUGUAAUAUUCUUUUUUUCUUUUUUCUUUUUUUUUUUUUUUUUUUCUUUAAUAAAAUACAACGAUGCCCAUUGUUUCAGUAACUCCAAACGCCAACUCUGUUGAAAAGACGACGAAUAACAAUUGUUCACUUUCAAAGAAUCUCAGUUGCAAACACAGUUGUUUAUUAAAAGAAAAAAGCAAUUGUAAAUCAUUAAAUACACAACAACACUCUAAAAAGACUUCAUUACUCUCUCGUCAAGAGGAUGACGCUUGGGUUGAUAUCUCAACUAAGCGUUUAAGAAGUAGCCGUUUGGGUGCACUUUAUGACGGCUCUCGGUUUAAAGGAAUGCAAAAGUGUGGUGCAAAUACAUAUAACGUCAUUGUAGACAUUCAGCAUGUUGAUCUAGCAGCUAGUAAAAUUAGUGGAUAUCUCAACAUUGAAGGACUCACUACAGAAUGUCCAGAACUAACAACGUUUUUCGAAGGAGAGAUCAUUGGACCUCAUUACUCCUUCUUGACUAGAAAGUGGCAAGCACAACAGUCGAUUGACAUUUUGCAUUGGGGACGAUUUCCAUCAUUUGAACCUUAUAUCAGCGUCUUCAAUAAUGAUGAUUUUGUAUAUGACCCUUAUGAUAAUGACUUUGUAUAUAUGCGUUGGAAGGAACACUUUUUAGUACCUGAUCAUUGUGUCAGUAAUAUUGAUGGAGCUAGUUUCGCAGGCUUUUACUAUAUUUGUUAUCAAAGGUCGACAAACGAGAUCAAAGGAUUCUAUUUUUAUUUUAAUAAUCAUGAAUGGUAUCAACAGUUAACACUUGAACAUGUAGAAAAGAACGCAUUUGGCAAUUUUGAAUUUCGUUAAGCAUACAUAUAUACCUUCCUUUCUUUUCUUUUUUUUUGUACAUAAAUAGGAUGAUUAAAUAUAAG